AUGAUGGGUGUUCUUCCCUUAUUAUGCCUGAUAUUUGCGACAACGGCGACCGCAAAAGAACUUCUCGAACUCCCUACAACUACAUUCAAAAUCCCCAGAAAUGCGCAGGAAGGUGAUGUGAUAUUUGGCGACGGCGAGGUCCGAGCCAAACAGGAACUCACCGAACCAUUGAAUCUUCAAUUGGAUGGAUCCAAUCCGUUGCCGGUGGCAAUUAAUAAUUCAUUAGUGGAUCCUGGCGAACCAAUUCGGUUUAUUCUCGUCAAUAAGAAUGCCUUCGAAAACGGGAAAAGAACCUUGAAAAUUCAAGCGAUUGGGGUAAUCAGUGGAAAUCUGCAAGAGACUCCCAUCAAGUUUGAAAUCGAAUCGAAUUCCGAACUUCCCCACUUUGUCGAUGUUCCCCGAUUCGUUAUCAAGAAUGAUUUUCAUGAGAAGGAGUCGGCCAUCGUGAAAAUGACUUCGACCAUUCCGGAAGGUUCGACGAUUCAGCUCGUCGGUGAGCAGAAGGACAGAGUUCGCGCCACAUUUGACAAUGAUAGCGUGAUGCUGGAAACAGUACCGUGCGAGGAAUGUCCGGAAAUCAGUUUUCCGGUAAAUUUGAUGCUAGUGGUGAGCAAUGAGGAUAAUCACGUCGCCACUGGCAUCGUUUUCAUCAAAGAUGAAGGAUCUCAAGGGAACAAUCUUAAAAUUGACAAGAAACUGUAUAAAACCGUAAUCGAGGAGCAUACAGCGGACCAGGAGAAGCUUCUGAGAGUUACCGCGACAGGAAACACCUCUGAGAUACUGUAUUCGUUGCGAGACGCUAGCGGUUUGUUCUCAAUCCAUCCAAAGGAAGGCAUUUUGUCAAUUUUGCAUCCGGAAUUCUUGACGAUUAGCUCAUUUGGCGAAUCCGUCGAGCUCACUGUGAUCGCGUUCGAUGGCCACAAUACGGAUAGUUCGAAGAUUGUCGUCGAGAUUAGUCCCGAAAUCGAGAAAUCGGUGGUGUUCGGCUUUCCCAAGGAUGAAUACAUUCUCCGCGCCAACAUGACUCAAAGCAAUAUUGGAAAUAUUAAAGCGGUGUCGCCGACUGGAAAGGGUUUGAUCUACCAUGUCACCGAGGGACCAGCAGAUCUCUAUAAGGUCGAUGAGAAUGGCGAUGUGUUCUAUUUGGGAGAGAAGACCAAAGAAGGACGAGCUGAUGACAUCACAGUGACUGUGCAGAUAGCCAAUGAUGGAUUGCGAAUGGCGGUUGCUAUGGUGAAUGUGGUUCUCGAUGGUGUCGGAUCGAAUCCAAUCGCUCUCAACGAUGAAGCCGAUAAAAUCUUGACACUCUCUAUUGACGAGGAGCCUGGUGUCAUCAUCGAUUCGAUUCAAUUUCUCGACAAGGAUGGCGAUGAAGCAUUGUUGAAGUUCAUAAUCACCAACGUCACCGGAAUCGACAUGUUCGGAAAUUCUUUGGGAAAUUUGACGGAUUACAUUGAUGUGAAAUCUGGCGAUGAUGGAGAUGCACAUAUUUUGGUGAAGAAGAAGCUCGAUGAAAAAUUGGCGUCUAUCCAAGUCAUUGUUGAAGGAGAGGAUGAAGCUCAUCCAAAUGAGCCGACAGCUUCAGUAUCAAGGACCAUUCUUAUUGAGCAAUCCGAUAGUCCUGCGAAAAUCACCGAUUUCAAUAUUGUGCCACUUCCGGAGCAAAUUGAGAUCCCACGAGCCUCGAGGCCGAAUUCAUUCGUCUAUAAGAUUAUUGUGGUGCCUAGCUCAAUUGAAAAUCUGAAAUUCACUAUCGAACCGGACCAUUUAUUCCAAAUCGACUCGCACGGAGAAAUUCGGACGACUGAGCGAUUGUCGAACGAGAAACCAGAAAUCCCAUUCCGAGUUGUCGUGGAAAAUGAGAUGAUUCGCAAGAAUGUCUCGAGUAUUGUUGUGUUGCCGAAAAAACGUGACGCGCGAUUCACCGAAGAUGAAUACAAUGAGAAAUUGAUGACAAACACGCCCAUCGGAACAAUUGUGGCGAGGGUUUUGGCAAAAAGUGCCGAAGAUGAGCCGAUUGAAGACGAUUUUGUGCUCAAAGGAAGUCAUGCGCAAUUCUUUAGAAUCAACGGAAAGGGAGAAAUCAAGACAUCUGAGGAGAUUGGAACAACCGACUUGAAGCAAUUCGACAUGCUCGUUGCUCUUAAAUCUGAGCCGAAAGUCAACGCGCAGAUUCAUAUUACUCGCGAGCAACCGCGCACAUCGCAUUUGAAGAUUGCUGACGAUCAAGUGUUCGCGACAGUAUAUGAUAAUCUUCCACCGAACUCAUUCGUCGCGAGAAUCGAAGCGCCCGAUGAGAAGGACGUGGCGUUUAAAUUGACUUCAGACGACUCGCGCCUGUUGAAAUUGUUCGCCAUUGAUAAUUCUGGAAUUAUUCGAAGCACACAUUUCUUGAAUGGCGCUGUUGGAAUGCACCAUCUUGGCGUAUUGGCGAACACGAUCGAUAACGCUGGGGUGCGAACGGCGAACGCGACCGUCAUUAUUGAUGUCUUGAAAUCGAACGAAUGCGCGCCGAAAUUCAAACCGGAAGUCAAUAAUCUCUUCUAUAUCAAAGAGAAUUCUCAAAACGACACCCUAAUCGGCAACAUUGAAGUGGAAAAUCUCAACUCAAAAUGCGACAUCAAAUACGGAAUCUAUGAUAGCGAGACGAAGAUGAUUGUGCAGAACGAUGGACGCGUUCGCGUUGAUGAGAUUACUGGAGAGAUUCGCACCGCCAAGGAAUUCGACUAUGAGAAGACGAAACGCUUCAACACGAUUUUGGCAAUUGCAUCGGGUCGCAAUCAUAUGCAAAAGAUUGGCGCUGAUGUCGAAAUAAUGGACCAGGAUGACUACGCUGUCCAUUUUGAGCAGCCACAGCAAACGGUUGAGAUUGAGGAGAACGCGCCGACGGGUACGGUAGUUGCUACAGUACGCGCGAUUGAGAUGGACCAUCAGCCAGUGUUUUAUCAUUUGGGCUCUCGCAGCCCACCGCAAUUCUCGUUGCACUCAACUAGUGGACAGGUGACGGUCGAGCAGGCCAUUGAUCGAGAGAGCGACGAGCAAUUUGUGAUUGAAAUUGGAGCGUCGAAUGCCGAAAACACACCGCAAUCCGUUUGGCCGACUAUGAUGAAGCUUGUGAUCCGAGUGAAGGAUGUAAAUGACAACGGGCCGAAAUUCGACAAACCCUUGUACAAUGUUGUGAUCGAUAAAGACAUUGUUGUUGGCUCAAAGAUUGUCCAGCUCCACGCUUCCGAUCCCGAUGUUAGCGAUGAGCGGAAGAAGCUUGACUACACGAUCACAUCGACUAGCUUCGAAUAUCGCGGAAUGAGCCGGAACACUGAAGAGGUGUUCGAUGUGAAGCGCGCCGACGGCGUCGUGUUCAACGUGCAACCAUUGCGCAACUAUGUUGGCGGUGUGUUCCAUAUUCAAACGCAAGUCAACGAUCUUGUCGAUGGCUCGUUGGGAAAAUCGAGUGUGCGCGUGUUUGUCCAUGACGAUGGCGAUGUGCUCACCGCCGAAUUGGGCUACAAACCGUCGACGGUGACGCCGCAAGUUGUUGACGAGAUGGCCGACGAGUUUUCGAAUGCUACUGGAUUGACGGCGGUGCCGAAGCGCGUCGUGUACCGAUCACCGCAUGGGCUCAUGUCGCCGAACGCGGUCGAUCUCGAAAUGAUUUUCUUCAACAAGUCAUCCAGCGAAAUUGUCGUUGCUGAAAAUAUGCUAGCGCUUUGCGAAAAACAGAAGGCGCAACUACACAAUUUUCCGGUUCUUAGGAAGCAUCAGACGCUUGCGCAGGCUUCGUUGAAGCGUGACGCUGAAUUCGGUGUCCCAAUCGAGCUCGUUUUUAUCAUUGUUGGUUUUGUGGCACUUCUCGCAAUCACGCUAUCAAUUUGUGGCCUCAUGGUGUGCUAUGAUCGGACAAAAUAUCAACGCGAAAAGCGACAAAUGGAAAACGAUGCGGCGAUCAAAGAGGCCAUCAAAUUGCCGCCGAAUCGAAGUCCCGCUUUGAUAUCGUUCAAACAUUAUCCAUCGCCGACGCCGGAUCUGAUGCAUCGGCCGAUACCGAACGGCGACAAACACAUGUACAAACCAUUGACGCUGAAUGAGAGAGUUGGAAGCUAUGCGGUACAGCAGGCGUCGAUAACGGUGGCGGAGAAUGAGGAGAAGAUCGCCUAG